AUGUUUGGUAGUAAACGUCUGAAAAAUGUCAAGGAUGCAUUUAAAUCUUUAAAAGGCCAAAAUUCCGAGGCACCCAUUGAGAAUUCAAAACCGUCUCCCAAAUCCAAAAAUUCGAAGACAUCUUCCAAAUCCAGAGAUGCAAGAUCUUCUUCUUCUUUGAAGAUCCCUAUAAGUUCAAAUAACAAAAAUAGAAUUUUUUCACUAGCAGAAGAAAACAAAUACGGUAUGAGCAGUAAACCGAUCGCAGCCGCUUUCGAUUUCACCCAGAAUUUGUUGGCAAUUGCUACAGUCACAGGGGAAAUCCAUAUUUAUGGCCAGCAACAAGUAGAAGUUGUUAUAAGACUGGAAGAUAGAUCUGCUAUAAAAGAAAUGAGAUUUGUGAAAGGUAUCUAUUUGAUGGUCAUUAAUGCAAAAGAUACUUUAUACGUUUUAUCGUUAUAUUCUCAAAAAGUACUUACAACAGUAUUUAUUCCCGGGAAAAUAACAUCAAUCGACACAGAUGCGUCCUUAGACUGGAUGUUAAUCGGUCUCCAAAGCGGUUCAAUGAUAGUUUACGACAUAGAUAGGGAUCAACUCUCCGCUUUCAAAUUAGACAACUUACAAAAAAGCUCAUUUUUUCCAGCUGCAAGACUAUCACCCAUAGUAUCCAUUCAGUGGAACCCUAGAGAUAUUGGAACUGUUCUAAUAUCAUACGAGUACGUAACUCUAACAUACUCUUUAGUUGAGAACGAAAUCAAACAAUCCUUUAUAUACGAAUUGCCACCUUUUGCUCCAGGAGGUGACUUUUCAAAAAAAACCAAUGAAAAAAGAACGCCCAAGGUUAUUCAGUCCUUAUAUCACCCCAAUUCACUACAUAUUCUCACUGUCCAUGAAGACAAUUCCUUGGUUUUCUGGGACGCUAAUUCAGGCCAUAUGAUAAUGGCAAGGACAGUGUUUGAGACAGAAAUCAAUGUUCCACAACCUGAUUACGUACGCGAUUCUAGUACAAGUGCUGCUACAAUUUCAAAAGUGUACUGGAUGUGUGAAAACAAUCCAGAAUAUUCCUCGCUAUUAAUCUCUCAUAAACCAAUCAGUAAAGGAGAUAAUCAAAGUCUAACCAUGAUCGACCUCGGCUACACACCGAGAUAUUCAAUAACUUCUUAUGAUGGCAUGAAGAACUACUACGCAAAUCCGAAACAAAUGAAGAUAUUUCCCUUACCAACUAAUGCGCCAAUAGUAAAUACACUACCAAUUCCAAGACAAUCCCCGUAUUUUGCGGGAUGUCAUAAUCCGGGGUUGAUUUUGUUAAUCCUUGAUAAUGGUGAAAUAGAAACAAUGCUAUAUCCUUCCGGAAUAUUUACAGAUAAAGCAUCUUUAUUCCCUCAAAAUCUUUCAUGGCUGAGGCCAAUAGCUACGACUUCGAUGGCCGCUUCUGUACCUAACAAAUUAUGGCUAGGAGCGCUUUCGGCAGCUCAAAACAAGGAUUAUUUAUUGAAGGGAGGCGUUAGAACAAAGAGGCAAAAACGUCCGGCUGAAUACGGCACAGCCUUCAUUACCGGCCAUUCUAAUGGGUCAGUUAGGAUAUGCGAUGCUUCCCAUGGGGAUAUACAAGACAAUGCUAGCUUUGAGAUGAAUCUAUCAAGAACUUUGAAUAAGGCCAAUGGGCUGGCAGUCGAUAAGAUAUCUUUUGCCUCAGAAACUCUCGAGUUGACGGUCUCAAUUGAAACAGGAGACGUUGUUUUAUUCAAAUAUGAGGUAAACCAGUUUUAUAGUGCAGAGAAGAGACCAGAAAGCGGUGACCUGGAGAUGAAUUUCAGGCGGUUUUCUUUGAAUAAUACGAAUGAUGUUCUUGUCGAUGUGAGAGACAGGGCACCUACUGGUGUAAGACAGGGAUUUAUGCCAUCGACUGCUGUACAUUCCAAUAAAGGGAAAACCUCCGCGAUAACCAAUAGUAAUAUCGGAUUUGUUGGCAUUGCAUAUGCUGCCGGAAGCGUUAUGUUGAUCGAUAGAAGAGGUCCAGCAAUCAUUUACAUGGAAAACAUUAGAGAAAUUUCGGGAGCUCAAAGCGCAUGUGUCACCUGUAUCGAAUUCAUAAUCAUGGAGUAUGGGGACGAUGGUUACUCUAGCAUAUUAAUGGUCUGUGGUACUGACAUGGGCGAAGUAAUCACGUACAAAAUUCUUCCUGCAUCAGGAGGAAAGUUCGAUGUGCAGUUUAUGGAUAUUACUAAUGUUACCAGUAAGGGACCGGUACAUAAGAUUGAUGCAUUUUCAAAGGAAACAAAAUCUAGCUGCUUAGCUACUAUUACAAAAAUGCAGAAUUUAAGUAAAGGCCUUUGUAUUCCUGGUAUACUAUUAAUAACUGGAUUCAAUGAUAUCAGGUUAAUAGCAUUAGGAAAAUCUAAAGGUACGCAUAAGAGUUUCAAAUAUCCGCUUGCCACCACAGGCUUAUCUUACAUUCCAACUAUAGAAAAAAAUGAUGAUAGAAAGAUCUUAACCGUAUUGAUUACAUUAGAAAUCGAUGGCCAUGUCAAAAUCUUUUCUAUUCCAGAUUUCAAAGAACAAAUGUCGGAGCAUAUUCCAUUUCCAAUAGCCGCAAAAUAUAUUACAGAAUCAUCUGUUCUAAGAAAUGGUGAUAUAGCGAUUAGAGUGAGUGAAUUUCAAGCGUCAUUAUUUUCAACUGUCAAGGAACAGGAUACGCAAGCACCAGUUUCUGACGUGCUGUAUAUUAAUGGAAUCAGGAUCCCCUAUAGGCCACAGGUAAAUUCAUUACAAUGGGCAAGAGGCACAGUGUAUUGUACUCCCGCUCAAUUAAAUGAAUUACUGGGUGGCGCGAAUAGACCUGACUCUAAAUAUAAAGAGAGUAUCAUUGCUGAGGGAACUUUUUCGGAACGUCCUUCAGAAAAUAACCAGGCGAACAAUCCAGAACACCAGUAUACCAAGCCCACUCGAAAGGGCAGAAAUAGUAGUUAUGGGGUACUGAGAAAUGUUUCUCGUGCUGUGGAGACCAGAUGGGACGCCGUUGAAGAUAGAUUCAACGACUAUGCUACUGCCAUGGGAGAAACAAUGAACGAGGCUGUUGAGCAGACUGGGAAAGAUGUAAUGAAAGGUGCCCUGGGUUUUUAA